UCUUCUCUCCCUCGGUUCCGUCGAUUCAUGGGGUCUGUUGCAUGAUUACGUGUGGAGAGAGAUGUGGGGAGCUCGCGUGUUGAGAACCAUUUCGUCCUGGGCUGUAGAGGUGUCGAGGGAGAUUGAUUUCACGAUGGAUUAGGUUGUGGGUGAUGCGUCGCAGCGGUUGGUGUGUAUGAGCAGGCGUAGUUUCAGUGGGUUGUGGAUGUGGGGCGAGAGGAGAAGGGGAAAGUCGGGGAUAGGGAGGUAUGAGGUGUUGAUUUGCGAGGUGAGGAGGAGGUGGCGAGGCGGUGUUCCUAGCCCAUUGGCAUCGAGAAACAGGGGCAUCGUGUGGGUAUUUAAGGCGGUCGAUUGAACGAAAUUCUCUGCGGGGUUGAAGGUUCAGUACGUGUUAGGGUGGAAUUUAGGUUGGCUGGAAGCCCGGGUUUGUGACGAUGCGUGUCUUGAGGGUAGAGGAUUCAUGUGGUUGAUCUUACGUGGCGGUCUGGUCAAGCCAGCGUGUUGUGUGCUGCGGACGUUUGUUCCGGAAAGCGUGAAUGGGAUGUGAAGCUUAUUUCGAUUGACGUAUUCGGUUGAUAAUCGAAUCGAUCAAGAGUCCGUUGUCAACUUAUCAGCACAUUGCGAUUGGAAUCAGAACUUAGUUUGCAAUAAUGGCUAACGCAGGUUUCUGAGGAGGCAAUGGACUGACAAAACUCGUCAGUCGUUGCCAGGACUGUGGGUGCACAAGAACGCUGCGUGGGCAUGCGCUUAGAAGGGCCAACAAAAUCUCCGAAUCAAGGCAUAGAGUGGGAUGAGGAACGACGCCGACUAUCAAAUGCGUAGUCCCCACGGGGGCAAAUUUAGAUCAAUCCCUUCCUCCUUCCGCACCAUAUCCAACUAUCUUCGCAGUGUCUCUGCAAAUGCGAGCAGCAUUGCUGCAUCUACUGUUCGCCAGGCUGCUGUCUCCGCAGCUUCUAGUGGAUCACUCAACCAUGAAGAUGAUCGUCAGCGCGAACAGGUCCUGUGGUCAAGCUUUGAUAAGCUAGAGCUUGGCUCAGGUGAGAUUCGGCAAGUGCUCUUGUUGACGUAUGCAAAUGGAUUCCAAGUUUGGGAUGUACAAGAUGCGAGUAAUGUGCAUGAAUUGGUUUCACGUCGUGAUGGACCGGUCGCUUUCCUGCGUCUUCAGCCGAAACCUAUUCUUCAAGAGCCUAUGGAUGAAGGGGUAAAUUUCGAGGGAGCUCGGCCUCUGCUGUUAGUCGUUACUGUGGAUGUAACAGGUUCUGGGAGUCCAGGUGCCGGUGGCGGGGGCGGUUCUUUGAAUUUUGGAGCCUCUCACUUCGUGCCAACUGUCGUUCGAUUUUAUUCCCUUCGCAACCAUUCGUAUGUGCAUUCCUUAAGAUUCCGCACGGGAAUUCAUGCAGUGCGCUGUAGCCCUCGUGUUGUUGCAGUGGCCUUGGCUACUCAGAUUUAUUGCUUUGAUGCAGGGUCACUUCAAAAUGUUUUUAGUGUGCUUACUUAUCCAUCCCCAGCACCAGCUCCUGGAUCCAGUCAUUACGGAUAUGGUGCAAUGGCAGUUGGUCCUCGGUGGUUAGCGUAUGCAGCCAACCAGCCUCUAUUUGCGACUUCUGGGCGUGUGUCCCCUCAGCACUUGACCCCAUCUCCAGGAGUGAGCCCAUCAACUUCUCCAGCUAACGGCAGCCUUGUAGCACAUUAUGCAAAGGAGUCCAGCAAACAUAUCGUAGCAGGAGUGGUGACUUUGGGGGACAUGGGUUACAAGACAAUUUCAAGAUACUGCUCAGAGCUUAUGCCGGAUGGUGGCGGCGCUUCUCCUAGGCUUAGUAGUCCCAGUUGGAAGAAUGGUACUAAUAACCAGAGUCCUUGGCAAGGAGGUCCUGCCCUCGAACCAGAGUUCUCUGGCACGGUGAUUAUCCGAGAUAUUGUGAGCAAAAAUGUAGUGGCCCAGUUUAGGGCACACUCAAGUCCUCUUUCAGCACUUGCUUUUGAUCCGAGCGGCACUUUACUGGUCACUGCUUCUGUAUAUGGCCAUAACCUAAAUGUGUUCCGCCUCACACCUCCAUCCUCAAUUGCUGGGGGUAAUGGGACCGGUGGGGAUACCAGUACAAGUUUUGUGCAUCUAUACAAACUCUCUCGUGGAGUGACUAAUGCGGUUAUUCAGGACAUAACUUUUAGUAGCGACAGCCAUUGGAUCGCUGUCAGCUCUUCAAGGGGAACAAACCAUUUGUUUGCUAUAUCUCCAUUUGGUGGAAUAGUAGGGCCGCAGACGCACGCAACAUUACCUAUUGAUGGGCUAAUCGGGCCCACUAUAACACCGGCCCCAGUAUUCCCCUGGUGGUCUACAACAGGACCCGUGAGCCUGAAUCAGCAAGCAUCGUAUUCCCCUCCUCCUGCCAUAACCCUCAACGUAGUAGGUAGAAUAAAGAAUGGGAAUGGUGGGUGGCGGGGUACUGUAACAAGUGCUGCGGUGACAGCUGCGGGCCGACCCAAUGUUCUUGCUGGUGCUGUGGCUGCUGUUUUUCAUGACGGUGGUAGAGUAGGUGUGGAAUCGGACAUAGGAACUGGGACGUUGAGAGAUCAACUUUGGAUUUUUUGCCCGACAGGGCAUCUUCUUCGUUACUUGCUGCGUCCUGCUGUAGGAGGUGACGGUGUUUACAGUAAUGGCUUGCCGCAAAUGGUCGGGAUAGGCUCACCGGGAAGCCCUGGCCUACCUCAGGAGUUGAAGGCAAUUGUCGAACCAGUAGAGCGUUGGGAUGUUGCUCGUCGGCCUAACUGGGUAGAACGGGAAGAGAUAGUUGGGGCCCAGGAUGCAAAUCAGGAAGAAGCUGGAGUGCGUUCUGGAAACUCCGGGAUUUCUGUAGGGUCUGUAUCCAAGGAAGCUAUGAGAACUGAAGAGUUGCAGCGCUGGUUUAUGUCUAAUGCUGAAGUGCAGAUGCAUCAAUCCAGGUCUGUGCCCAUCUGGGCAAAGUCGAAGAUUCAAUUUCAUGUGAUGCUUCCGGGGACAUCGAAGGAGCUUGAAGCUGGCAAGUACCCUUCUUUAGAUGGGGUGGAAGAGAUUGAAAUCGAAAGAAUUCCUACUCGUAUUGUUGAAGUGCGAAGGAAAGAUCUUGUUCCUGUAAUUGAAAGACUCCAGAACUUUACGAAAGUACACGGUGCUCGGGCCACCAUGGUAACAGAUGCUUUGCCUGGAAUAUCUAACGCCCAUGAUCAGCUUCUUGGAAAUGAGGGCUUGCAAGAUGGGUUCAUAGCUGGAAGUUUGAGAGGCAUGCCCAUCCAGCGCACCAAUAGUAGCAGUAGUUUUGGUUCAGAGGGUGCUCCAUAUGCUACCAGUGCCGGUGGUAUGAACGAUUACCACCGCGGGUACCAAGAUUUGUCCGUUGUGAUAGCGGCAGACACCCCUCCUUCAUCAUUUGGUUCCCCUCCGUAUUUUCAUCAAAUCCAUCAAUCGUUAGAGUCACCGGUGUCGGGCAGAUCUGAAUUGUCUCUUGGCCAUUCGUUUCGGUCCAGAACUGUCGUUCCCGAGGUAUAUCAGGACAGUUUUGCACCGACAGCGGUCACUUCAGAACCAGUUACAACGAUGGUAACAGGGUCCCCCAUCAACAUUCUAAGGGCAGAACAGAGAGAGUUAUGUGUGUAUACAGAUUACAUCAAGCCUGGCGUAUCUGCUGGCAGAGAUGGGAUUUCCAAUCAUGAAAAUAUUGAUGGUGCAUCUAUCGGCGAUGGACCAUCAGACGUUGACAAUGUUCAGCGUGUUCAACCCAACGCUCUUCUUGGCUCUACUCCAGUGAUUGAAGAUCCUGUAGCCAUCGCAAACUCCCAAUUCAAAGAUAUGGUUUUGCAAGAAAAUGGUGGUAUGCAGCAUAUUCGUUCCGGGGUUUUGGCAAAUGGGACAAACUGCUGGGACAUGAUACCAACUGAUCAGGUUACAGCGGAUGGAUCCUAUAAACACGACAACCCAUCUGCACAUGUACCAACUCCUACGUCCGGCUCCAACCCAGAAUUUGAAGAUGCGUCCCUCAUUGAUCACCGUAGGAAUCAUGGAAGCAGCGGUGUUGCAAGUGAUAGUCCCUUGAAUGAAAGUCCUGCUCAUGGAGGCAUUAGUGGUAUGGCCGAGGAUGCCGAAAGUGAGGAUGUAGAGGGUACUCAGAGUAAGAGCGAGCAGAAUGAGAAAGCAGAGCAUGGGGAUGAUGUGUUGGAGGGCUCAAUGUUUCCUUUUUGUGAAGGUUUUGAGUAACAAGUGAAUUUUUUUGGAUCAGAUUGCUAGAUUAGGGUAUGCGCUUCCACUCUGGCCUGUUAAGUGGUGGACCAUGCUCGAAUCGCCCAGUGACCUGGUAUAAUCCAUGUCCUUGGCUGAAGUUUGCUUCUUUCAUUUUCGCAUUUGGAGUCAGCAGUCUUUUUGGAUGUGAAGAAUGAUGGUUUGGACAUAUGCAAGUGAUCCUCUGCCUUGCAGUAUGUGACAACGCGAGACGCCUCUUUUGAAGUUUCUCAAAGAGGCCUAUGUUGAGAAGUGUUCCGGGGAAAUUCUGGUCCUGACUGACCGGUAGGACUCGUAGAGACCUGACAGCAAUCUCUGUUGAAAUUGAGGAAGAUUUUUCGUGGCUGCGGGAGUCGGAUAUUUGCACUGGACAUUAUGCAAGGGUUAUUGGUAGCUACAAGGCUAAAAUGAAUCCGGCCAGCUCCCUUUCUAGGCUCAAAAUGGCGUGUCGGGAAUAUCAAGGAAUUCUGAUGUGGUUUGAGUAACUGGGAAGAAGAGAAUGCUCUAUUGCUAAGAAUUUGGGAAGGUAUGUGAAGUAAUUCAAAGUUGAAUAAGCUGGAUGGAGGCAAACAUGCUGGAUUAUCAAAUUGUAGGCUUUCAAGAACCAACUGAAAAUGUAAAAAUAGUAGUGUGGUAUGAGGGUUGUGGCAAGAUGAUGCCUCAGGUCUCUUCAUCUCAGUUUUUGUAUAUAUGGUGUAAAAUAUCCACUUCAUUUGUGGGCCAACAGUGCCUCA